UUGAAAGGGAAGGUAGUAUGGAACUGAGUUGGUUUACUAAGAGAUUGAGAGGAGGGGAAAGAAUAUAACAAGCCCAAAGAUGAUAACCUGAGAAAGAAUGCAGAAGAGAAGGUAGGAUAAAGACUGAAAACUAUGUCAAAAGAAAAUAGUAGUCACUUGGAUAUGUAUCAAGUGGGGCGCUUGGCAGAGUUAUGCAUCAUUAUUGAUGAAAAUGAUAAUGUGAUUGGUGCGGAGGACAAGAAGACAUGUCAUUUGUAUAAAAACAUCCAAAAAGGGCUCUUACAUCGAGCUUUCAGUGUUGUCUUGUUCAAUAGCAAAAAUCAACUACUGGUGCAGGAGAGAUCAGACUGUAAAAUUACCUUUCCAGGGUACUUUACAGACUCUUGUUCUAGUCAUCCAUUAAGCAAUACCCUAGAACUGGAUGAAAACAAUGCAAUUGGAGUAAGGAGAGCAGCACAGAGAAGAAUACAGGCUGAGUUAGGCAUUCCUCUGGAACAGGUUCCCUUGGAUGAUAUCAUCUAUAUGACACGCUACCAUUACAAGGCUCAAUCAGAUGAGACUUGGGGAGAACAUGAAAUUGCUUAUCUGCUAUUGAUGACAAAGGAUGUAACUUUGAAUCCUGAUUCAAGAGAGCUGAAAAAUUAUUACUAUAUGUCAAAGGAAGAAUUAAAAGAGCUCCUGGCAAAAGGAGAAAGAAGAGAAGCUAAGAUUACUCCAUGGCUAAAACUCAUGGCAGAAAAUUUUCUCUUUAAGUGGUGGGAUAGUCUACCUAAUGUGAAUCAUUUUCUUGACCAUAAAACAAUACACAGACUAUAAAAACCACAA